AUGACUUAUAUCAUAACUCGACUUGAUCGUAUCAUAUUCUUGAUGGUCCUCGCAAUUGUUUCUAACAUCGUCUUUGCUAGAAGCAAAGGUCUAAUUGCAGCGAUCGUCAAAGAUGGAACACCUCCUUUUUACUUUAUGGAGAUCAAUGGAGGAAACUACAUUAUGGAUCUCGACUCCGAUUUUAUAUGGACUUAUUGUGAUUUGAUGCAUACUUUGUACCCAUCUUGUCCAUCACACGCAUGUUCCUUAGCCCAUUCAUCGCCUUCCCGAUUGUGUCCUUUAAAGAAAGAGUAUCAAAGUUCGUGCCCAUGUAAAGUUGCAUUGGUGAAUCCGGUUGUGCCCAAAACGUGUUAUCAAACUGAUUUAACGUUCGAAUACAACUUCUAUGUCAAUCGGACCGAUGGGUAUGGACCUACUCAACAAACUAGCUUCAAACAAAUCUAUGCCGCUUGUAUCCCAUUUGAGCUUAUGCUCACUCAAUACUUUAUCGGAACCGGUCAAGUUAUUGGGCUCUCAAACGCUCCCUUAUCCCUUCCAUCUCAAUUUGCAUCACCUCCCCACCAAUUUGCCAAGAAAUUUGCAUUCGUCCUUCCUAGUGUUCGUGCUCCCGAAGGUGUAAUAUUCUUCGGUGGUGGACCUUAUUACGUUGUCCCUUAUGCGCAUAGGCUCGAAGAUGCUAGGGGAUUUUUCACAUACACGCGAUUACUUCGAAAUCCAUUCUCAACAAACGGUUACUACAUUGGGGUACAAGCCAUAUCAAUUGGAAGUUCGGAAUUGAAUCAAAUUCCAAUUCGAGCAAGUUCAUUUUCUAUUAACAAUACAACCGGGCUUGGAGGCGUGAGAAUAAGCACAACCGUGCCAUACACCACUUUGAGGAGCAAUAUGUUUUCUGCUUUUCGCAAAACAUUCUUGGAGGCAAUGAAAGGCGUAAAUCCAGUUAGAGCUGUGAAGCCAUUCAAUCUUUGUUUCAAUGCGAACGAUCUAAUUCUCAAUCCUUUGGUGGGCUUUAUAGGAGCUCCUACUGUGGAACUAAGGUUGGCCAAUGGGAAGAAUUGGACAUAUUUCUCGAAUACCAUGCAAGUGGUCUAUAGAGAUAACAUUAACGAUGCGUUGGCGUGUAUGGCUUUCAUCGAUGGUGGGAAAACAAUGGAGGAGGCAAUGGUGAUUGGGGCUUUUCAGAUGGAGGAAAUAUUCGUGCAAUUUGAUCUAGUUAAGUCCCGAUUCGGGUUCACUCCUAACUUGUUGUCGUUGACAACAAUUCCAUAG